CGGUAACAUAACCGCGAAAUUCCGGACAUCAACAAAACAACUUUAAUUUCUGCUAUUCGAAAGCAUUCUACAAAAUUUGCCAUCGUACAUUAUUGGUUUUACUUCAUUUGCUUAAGUUUAAUUACUACUAUAGGGCUUGGCUUCAUGUUAAGAGUUAUAAGACUUAUAAGUAUACCCUUGAGCAUCCAACAGUCCCAACAGGUGUUAAUCAAGCUGCUUCAUUGAGUUGCAAAACUAAUGUGUUUACAGCUUUGUCAUUAUUGCUGACUACGGUUAAUUAUCAACCCAAAUUGAUAGGAAAUACAACUAGGUCUUUGAGCCAAAGUAAUAACAAAACAAUUGUGUAAAAUGGAGUCUACAGUAUCCGUUUCAAAGGGUGUGUUCCUAUUCCCUAGUACAUUGAAAAAACCUAAAAAUGUGAAGCAAAAAUCCAACUUGUUUGAAAAACAAUUCAAGAAAGAACCGUGGUACAAGGCAUAUAAAAAGAACUGGGACAAAAUUGAGUCUAGAAUAAUGGAUUUGCAUCAAAGAACUUAUGAUGUUCUCCUGAAUGACAUGGUAAACUACAUAAAGUCAUUUUACGGAGGUAAUGAAUCACUAACCUUGGAAGGUAUUAUACCCAGUGCCACUCUUCUUACCGGAGUCAACCAGCCGGACCAUGUGUCUCAGUUCGAGACACUUAUGUUGAAAAUAAGGGAUGAAGUAACACCUCACAUUGCAAUGGUGAAUUCGCAAGAUGCAUCUACAGUGAAGCACUUAGUUGAAAAUGCAGUUUGGCAGCUGGUAAAUGGACAUGAAAUAAUGGAUGACAGUGCAGAUUCAGAUGAUGAGACACUGCCAACAAAGAAAAAGUUAAAAAAGAACCAAUGUACAAUGAGACUAUUACAGAACUGGUACAACAACAAGUAUCUCAGCCCCUCUCCCAAGAAAAGGCAAACUGUCUCCAUGAGGUCACUGGUCAUCAUCAUACCGGACUUUGAAAGCUUCAACUGUAAUGUUUUACAAGAUUUUGUUAUGAUUAUAAGUUCGUACGUGUCCUCUCUACCGAUAGUGUUCGUGUUCGGCGUGGCCACGUCCGUGUCGGCGCUGCAUAAGUCCUUCCCCUACCACGUCUCGUCCAAACUGCUCAUCAAAGUGUUCCAUUCACAUUCGUCGCCAGUAUACAUGAAUCAGGUGCUUGAAGAUAUAUUCCUGAACUACACGAGCCCCCUCCACUUGUCUGGAAAAGCGUUCGAGUUGCUGACUGACGUGUUCUUAUUCUAUGAUUUCUCAGUCACGGGACUUAUUCAAAGCAUAAAGUAUUGUAUGAUGGAACAUUACUACGGAGAUAACGUGAAAUCACUCUGCUGCGAUCGAGAAGACAUCGAAAACGCAGCCGCCAGAUUAUCAGCAGAAGACUUCGAAAUCAUCCGACAACUGCCUUCCUUCCGACCCUUUCUUGAGGCCCAAGACUGUGAAACUAAGAUAGGUCUCUUUGAAGACGACAAUUUCUUUAGAGACGUGUUGUGCCAAGAAAUGAACAAGCUACAUGAUUACUUGCACAGUUUUUAUUUGUGUGUGCGGUUGUUGGCGGCGUUUUUGAAGGAUCUGCCUAAAAAUGUCAUUGGGAAGACGGUUCGCGAAAUAUACACCAAAUGUGCCGGCGAAUCCGUAACCAAAACCCCAACAUUCAAAGAAUGCAUGCAGCUCAUAAAAUUCCAGUCACAACUGAAGCUACUAGACAGUAUACAGGGCGCUCUUAAGGUCGUGAAUGCGGAACUACAAGUAGUAUCCCCAGUAAAACCACUUAGGUCCUCGCCAACUAAGAAUAAUACUAACAAAUUAGUCUUAAAUAAUGAAUUAGGGGAAACUUUUGCUAAGACGAUCAGGGUUCAUUUGCUAACGUUUUUAAGGCAGCUUGAAAACGCCAAUACUGAGGCUACUGUGCUUGCAGAUGUUGAUGAUGAGACUGAGAAUGAUACCGAAGUUGUGCCGGGAAAUAGAUACAAAUUGAAAGAGCAACUAUUACGCGCGACGAGGGCAGACCGCAUCCAAUCAGAGUUCGAGAUGAUUCGCUCGCGUUUCGUCAGCUACCUUGAGGAUAUGUUUGCAAAGGGUCUACAACCUCCCUCCACACAGACCUUCCACGAGGUGUUGUUCUUCACUGACGUGAGCAGCGUCAGGAAACAGAUCGUCGGCUCUCCCCGCGGCGCCGUGCACACCGCGUUGAGCAACCCACACCAUUAUUUACAGUGUUCAUGCUGCCGCCUGUCAUCAUUGGACAGCGCUUCAGCAACACUUCCCGACGUGUGUCUAGCGUACAAGCUUCACCGUGAGUGCGGCAAGCACAUCAACCUAUACGACUGGCUGCAAGCGUUCGCCGCGGUACUGUGCCCGGGGGAUGAAGAUGGAGACGUGCACACACACACCUUUACUUCUAUUUUUUGUUUCAGGGCAAGAUUCACCCGAGCCGUGGCGGAGCUCCAGUUCCUCGGCUUCAUCAAGUCCUCCAAGAGGAAGACGGACCACGUGAUGCGUCUUACCUGGUGAUGGUGAUGGUCCUUCAGUUCAAACUAGAGUCAAACCACCGGGAGCGGCCACCACCAAUCUCCAAACCCCUGUUUUGAGUUAGUUCAUAGUCUAAUAAAACAUGGUCUUCUCUUCCCAGAGUGACACAAGCCUACGUCACAAUAACAUGGCCGCUAUAUACAUAUAGCGCUACCGCAUAUUAACAUAUAGCGCUGUCGCAUGAUGACGUAGGCCUGUGUCAGUCAGGUGACCUAGAAAAGACGGGAAGAGAGUACCAGGCGGAGUAUAUUAUUUUACCAUGAGUUAGUUGUAGUAUUUUCUCAAGGGUGUCACCACAUCUAUAGUUUGUAGAUUUCUAAUAGGCCCCAACGGCUAAUACUUUGUGUGUCAUCGAGAUGCGUAACAAAGGCGCGUUAUCGGAGAGCGCACCUGCACUGGUUUUUUGAGCUUUGGACUAGGCCGCGCUUAGGUGUCAAAUAUAAUAAUUAAGAGCCUUUUUUGCAGGUAAGUAGCACGUGCGGUUUUACUUAACAAUAGACAAAGGAUUAGCCGUCGGGGCCUAUUAGAAAUCUACAAACUAUACUGACGUAGAAUCCGCCAUACAAUUCUGACCUCUCUGUCCACCUCAUAAGAAUCAAAUCACAACCCUUGUACCAAAAAGUUAAAUGGGUUCCGUACCAAAAAGGUAAAAUAGGAAGCCUUACGAUGAGACUGUCCGACAGCUGUCACAACGCUAAAUAUCUGUUAUGCUAGUUGUGAUUUGAAGAUGUAAUUAAGGAUUUGAACACAUUCACUGCCCCCGACGCACAUGUGCGUUCACCGUCAUACAAGUUUGUUCCUAGGCCACGCCCCCUGGCAAUGAAGGAAUA